AUUUUCUUUGCGCUUGAGUCCGCAAAUUGGGGUUUCAUUCUUCUGUUUUCCUCGGGAUGUAAAGGAAAGAGAAUUGCUAGGGAUUGAAAAAGAAGGGCAAAAACCCCUCGAUCGGAAAGUUGGACUAGAGAGACACGAAGAAACCGCUGAUAGGUGAGCGAUAAUGGACAUGAUGAACUCCGCCGGCGGCGGCGGAGGUGGUGGAGUGAUGGGAUAUGCGGAUUCGGUGGACUCUUCACCGCGGUCUCGCGGCGGCGAGUCCUGGGACGAACCGUUCCCCUCCUCGGCUGCGGCCUCAAAACUCCGAUUGAUGUGUAGUUAUGGAGGGCGGAUUGUGCCGCGGCCUACGGAUAGAUCGCUGUGCUACCUCGGUGGAGAUACGCGGAUCGUGGUGGUGGAGCGGCACACCACCCUCGCCGAUCUCUCCGCUAAACUGUCCCGGAAUCUCCUCGGUGGCCAGAACUUCACCCUCAAGUACCAGCUUCCUAAUGAAGACCUUGACUCCCUUAUCUCCGUUACCACCGACGAGGACCUUGACAACAUGAUCGACGAGUACGAUCGCAUCGUUGCAUCCUCGUCUGCCGGCAGCGGAUCCGGUUCUUCCCGCUCAUCCCGCCUCCGGCUGUUCCUCUUUCCCUCCAAACUAGAGUCGGCACCGUCGUCGAUUGGGUCGCUGCUGGAUGAUUCUAAGUCAGAGAAUUGGUUUGUUGAUGCCCUAAACGGCGCCAUCGGCAUGGAUGGCCUCCCUCGCGGCCUCUCCGCAGACUCUUCCUCCGUCAACUGCCUCCUCGGCCUCGAAGACGACUCCUCCGUAAAAUCCCGCUCGGGAAUCUCUGCCUCAGCUGCAGCGUCUGGGGGCGCCGGGCAGCCAGAGCAUGAGCAGCUACUUCCUCGGCCAGACUCUUCUGGCAAGCUUACUCGCCAAGAUAUUCACUCCGUGCCGGAUUCCCCCAUGGUCGAUACUACUUCCUCCUUCGGUUCGACGUCCUCAGCUCCUUACCUCUCGAAUCUACCCCCGAUCCGUGUCCGCCCCGAUGAUCGCCCUCCGGAACAGCGAGUAAGUGGCUUGGAAGACCACUUCUCACAGAUGAACAUCUCGGCAGCCGCCGCCAUGGCGGCGGCAUCUGCUCCAGGGCAGAGGUUGUCAGACGAGGGCGGCUUCAGGGAACAGAACUUCGCUUACCAGCAAGUCCAUCCUCUCGCAAACCCAGUAUCCACCUCCUCAAUCUCCCCGUCUGAAAACCCUAAUCGCAGAAAUUUCUCUUCGGAUGAGGAGAAGCCUGACCAAGUUGCCAUCAACAAACCACAGCCACCGCAGCUGCAACAGCAGCAGCAGCAGCAGCAGCAGCAGCAGCAGCCGCCGCUGCCUCUUCAACAAAAGCCCACCCCCUUGGAUUCAGCUCCUUUGGAACCCAUCGCCAGGCCGGUAUAUUACCCUGAUAGGGUUUCUGCCAAUACCACCGGCGUGAACCACCCCAUUCCUGAUCCCAAACGCGACGUUCCCAUCUCCAGCUACGUUCUUACCUCCAUGCCACCUGCUGAGCAACAAUUCCGGCAGCAUCCCUCUCAUAUUCAACAGUUUCAUCAGCAGCAACAGCAGCAGCAGCAGCAGCAACAACAACAACAACAACAGCAACCACAGUUUAUUCAAGCAAACCCUAAUCCCCAAUAUAUCCACCACCCUGCCACCGGCACUGUCCUCCCAUACCCAACUUACUACCAAAUGCCCAUCCAACAAUCCCAGCAAUCCCAUCCCUUUGAUCAGCAGCAGUUUCCUGUUUACUACCUCCCAGUCCGCCAGAAUCCCCCACCGCAACAAACUUACAACAUGCCUAUCGCCACCUCUCAUCCAGAUGUCUCCACUCAGGCAAAGCCAGCUGCAGCCACCACCUUCUCAAAGCAAAUCCCUGCUAAACCUGAAAUGCAGGCAAAUCUAUACAGAAUGGCUGCCAUGGCACCGCCACAGCCAAACAAUGCCUCGGCUCAGCCGCAGCUUCAGCCGCUCAUCCAUCUGGCCUCUGAUCAGGGUCAUCCAUAUUCUGGUGUGGGCUAUCAUGUUAUGCACCACCACCAUCAUCCAUCUCAACAGCAGCCUGCCACCGCCGCCGCCACUGCAGUAGCAGCUAAUUAUGGUUAUGAAUUCCCUGCAGAUGCCACUGGCAUUCCUCAAGUUUACUUUACUCAGACGACCUCUCCGCCAGGAAUGGCUCAGCCACAGUAUCAGACUGUGGUAACCUCCCCCGAUGCCGCCGCCGCUGCUGCAGCUGCUUCCACGCUUCAGCCUGGCGAGGUUAAGCAGACAAGAGCUUCAUGAUGUAAGUAAUAAGUAUUUUGAGAAACUGAAACUCUGAUCUGGCUUUGAUGUUAUUGGAUUGUGUUUGCUUAAUAUAUGUUGUGUAUUGUUAUUAUUUCAUGUUUUAGUAUGUUGUUGUAGGAAUAAGAGGUAUUGAAUGUCCUAUGUCUCUUCUGUUUGUGGUUGUUUGGUGAGCCCCCUAUGUGCUGCCCUGCUUCUGAAGGAGAAACUUUUGUUAUGAGUUUUUUGGUAUCUAUAAAUAAGCAUAUUACAUAAUGUUGUCC